AUGCCCUGCGACUUGCAAACUAUCCCUGUGGUGGAUCGCCCGAACGCACAGCGCAUGUCGCGCAUGAGAACCUUUUUCGAACCCGAUCACCCUGCAGCACCUUCCUAUUCUCAAUCGAGCGUUGAUGAGGAGACCUUUGAUCAUCUAAAUACUCAACCUACAAAUUCGGCGAUGCGAAGGCCGCCCAUAGGUAACCAGACAGAAGAGAACUGCAUCCUGCCGGACCUUGGUCGGGAUGGGCCAAGCCUUCGAAGUCAUCUGCUACAGAUAUACCGAUCAGAAGACAGCAAUGCCACAAAUUCAGCACAUGCUCUGCCAUGUCCAUCUCCAACAUGUGAUAUGCGUGCUCUAUCGCCCUGGCCAGACUUCAGAAUUGCAUGGCCUGCUCAGGAUGACGGAGUCACGUUGCCGCAACAUGGUGCUUGGCUCUGCGACAGCUGCACUUACGGCUCACAACAAGUUCGAGAUGAAAGUCUAAAUACGAACGAGAGGUCGAGGCUACCAGAGCGAAGAUCGACGUCCAUGCCCACCAUCACCGUGGUCGGAGAUGGAGGUCUCGAUGACACAUCAGUACCUACACGCUCUGCAAUUGCUGAUGGCCACGGUCGAAGGAGGGGACCAGUUCGUGCACAUUUCGCAGAAGAUAGCAUGGCUAGUGAUACAACUCUACGGCGCGCCUCUACAAGCCCACCGUCGACCGAGCAAGUGCAGUCUUCGAUCAAAACGAAGAAAUGGUACACAGUUGAACAAUCCUCCGAAGACAACUCGGAUUCUGAGGGUGAACUUUUUUCCACCUCGUCAUUCGAGUCACUGGCCGGAAAUGCAGAUUACCCUGUCAACGAAGAAAGCAUCUCAGAUAGCACGCGCUUCACUCCUGGCGGUACCACUAGUGAUUCUUCGCUGUGGUCACUAUCCUCUACUCGGCUGGGGACUGUCGGCACUGAGAGUCAGCCAUCGGCAUCUAGGCAUGAUAGGAGCAUUUUGACUGAGAAAGACAGAAGGCGGCACGAUGAUCCUGGAAUAUACGGUCAGCAGGACCAGAGCCAACGACCGCUCAAAAGCUCCGAGCAGGACAUACGGGCCCAAGGCUCCUCUUCGCUACAAGAGAGCAAUCGUGCACCACAGGCAAGUCAUGGCAAAAACCAGAAAGUCAUCAGUACAAGUGGCGCAGCAGGAGAGGUUUCUAAGGAGAAAGGACCGGUUCCUCAUAUGAACAAACCUAUGCGUUCAAUCGCUCAAUGCGAGGAUCUUCCGGUUGAUGUCCCACCGAGUCCGUUACUCGAAAGGGUGAAGACGAAGCUGACUGCUUGGUCUUGGGAAAUAGAAAAGGCGCAGGACGCAGAUGAACAGAGUACAGCGCGCUUUCACCCGCGGGCGCAACCAUUCAUCCAAGCAAGAUCACGUUCACCGAGCGAAGACCUGGAAGUUCCCUCUCCUCCGCCCAAUACCGAACGCCACAGCGGACAGUCAUCAUGUAGACACUCGACUCAGCGAUCAUCAGCCGCCGAGGAGGAGCUGACAGUUGCAGAAAGAGAUGCUCUAAGAGCCCUGGGGUCAGGCACUCCUGAGAUGGAAGAUGCUGAUCUCGAAGAUGAGGAAGAUGACGACGAAAUCGAUUUGUUGAUACCUGAACUCAAGCCAGGGGCAGAUUCUUUGUAUGAAGAGACAAACACAAACCCCGGUGUCAGUACACUCGACCGACCGAGUAUGUGGCCUCCAAGAACCAGCUGCCCAGCUUUACCAGCAACUUCAAGGCAGUUCUCCAAUCUAGCAGCUGAGGAGACUCACUUUCAGUCUCAUCGGAAUUCUGUGGACCUCGCACGCGACCGCAGGCACAUGCAGGAAAUGGCGGGCACGCUGAACCAGUCUCUCAUGAACGUUCGGGACUCAUUCGUGAUCACCAAAUCCAAGCUUGGUGGGAGGCAUCCAGUAACUAAUCCUUCAUCCUCAAGCAACCUACAUAGGCUUGAGCAGCAUCCUCCGUCACAAAGCCCAGAGUUCUCACUUAGGUUGCAGAAUUUAUCCGCGUUCCUGGCCAUGAAUAGCUCAGCAGCGGCAAACCUGAUUGAACCUCCUCGUCCCUCACCACCCACGUUGCAGGAGCACGAUGAUUGUCCCAUUUGCGAGGUCGAUCGACCUGAGUGGGUCAGGGCAAGGCGGAUGGACACGAAGAAGUAG